UGAUAACGCGUUACCGCUGCCACCGCCGCAUGGACCAGUUGAAGAGACUCGCGUUGUCGUCGCCCGCUCUGCUGCUGCUGCUGCUGCACGCCGCGGUCGCGCCGUUCCCUGUUCAGCACACACCAGUAGUACACGCAGACCGUUGUCGCCGUCGCGCCCUUAGACAUAACGCAUACCGCCGUCGUCGCACUAUAUCUGCUGUCCGGGGCCGCCGCCGUCGAUGGACUCGCGAGCGUCUUCGCUGUCGCCGGUGAUCGACCCGGACGACUCGAGAUCGCCUCCCGCAUCACCUGUACCGCCGCCACCGCCGCCGCCGCCGCCGAUGACGCUCCUGCAGCCGCGCCAAACCGCCGUCGGACACGUUCACGGCCACAUCAACAACAAUAACAACAACAACAAUAACAACAACAACAACAACAACAAUAACAACGAGGACGACGACGACGGAGAUCGGCAAUUGUCCGGCGGCGCGACAUCGAAAUCACCACAUGCACGCGCGCCGCCCUCGCCGUCGGACCAUCACCGGGCGCUGAUCGCCGGAAUCACCGCUGCCGCAGCCGCAGCCGCCGCAGAUUUCAAAGAUCCUAAAGAAGACAGUGUAGAAGACUACCGCCAAACAUUCGAUGGUUCGAAAAACAGUAACAGUAAACAGUUAAAUGGUCCGUCCAAUAAGCAGAGGCGAAGUAGGACCAACUUCACUCUUGAACAGCUCAACGAACUCGAAAGACUUUUUGAUGAAACCCACUACCCCGAUGCAUUUAUGAGAGAAGAGCUUAGUCAGCGUCUUGGUCUCAGCGAAGCCAGAGUACAAGUAUGGUUUCAAAACAGACGGGCCAAAUGCCGAAAACACGAAAGUCAAAUGCAUAAAGGCCUAAUGAUGCACCAAAACGUAUCUACGCCUCUAGAGCCGUGUCGAGUAGCCCCAUACGUGAACGUGCCAAGACUGCCGCAGUUGCAAUUCAAUUCUUCGGCUGCAGCUGCGGCCGCGUUUUCCGCGUUCGAUCCGGCCAUCUUGACGGCCGCACAACAGUUGCAUUAUGCAGUGGCCAUGGGAAGAGGUGUUCUAUGCCCUGCGCCAUAUCCUCCGGGUGGUCUGAGUCUAGCUGCUCUUGCGGCAUUACAUCAAGAUAGACUAUUAACCAAAAAUUCCAGUAUAGCUGAUUUGCGGUUAAAAGCUAAAAAACACGCUGAAGCCAUUAGUAGAGACCAGGAGAUUGUUUAACAUUAGACAUGUCUUUUUUUCAUUGUUUUAUAUUAUAUAUAUAUAUAUAUUAUACUGUCAACAUUUUUUUAUAAUACUUUCAUGUUACUUCGAGAUAUCAUAUUACCGUUCCCCCGGUGAAAAAGGUGACACAAUUAAAAAAAUGCCAAUCAUAUAAGUCUAUUAAUAUGUUACUAAUAAAUAGGGCUGGGAUUUAUACGUAAUAAAAACCAAAAAUAUGUACAUAUAUCUAUAUGUAAUUACAAUAGCCAAAAUAUUUAGUAUAAAAUAAAAAAUAUGUAAUAAGAAAAAUUUUAAAAUAAUAUGUUAACAUGUUAAAUUAAAAUUCAAUUCUAAAUAAUUUUUUAAUAAUACAAUUCAUUGUUUUUAAUUUCUAAUCAAUUUGGUUUAAAAAAUAUAAAGAUAUUUUCACAACCAUCACGCGAACGCAAUUACUAACACCGUUAUAAAUUCGUAAAUUUAUUUUGUCAAAUAAUUGUUGAACAUAAAGUAUAAUCUAAGAUCAUUAAGGUAUGGUUAUCGAACACUGAACAGAAACAGCUAAAAUAAACUAAAAUCAAGUUCCUAAUAUAUAACUGAUACUUUUGUAUAUUUAUAUCCUAUAUGCAUUAUACACUUAUAAUUUACGAGUACCUACUAUUAUCGAAUUAUAAAUAUAUAAUACUACUAAACCACCAACAUUUUCAAAAUUUACGAAAUAAGUAAAAAAAAAAAAUGCAGAAAUUUUACAAAUAAUGUGAAAAUAUCUAUUUAAAACGAAACAUAUUGUAAAACAUGUAAAAUAAAAUAUGUUUUAUUAAAUCACGUGAAAUUAAUUUAUCAUUUGCAAUACUUAAUUUAUCAUGUUUUAGUAAAAAUAUGUAGGUAUUUACAUACAAAUCCCAACCUUACUAAUAAAUAUGUAUGAUUUUAUUGAUUUACCCCAACUCACACAUAACUUCAAAUUUGUCCACCACGGAGUAAUUUUAUUAGUUUUGCUUUAUAGUCAUAUUAUAGUCAUCGUGGCAAAAACAGUAUCAUAGUAAUGUUUAAUGACAAAUGUGCACCAGCCAGAAGGUACCGUCGGUCAAUAAAAACGACACAUUAUGAAUUAUUACCGUUUGUGUUAUAAUUUUUGCUUGAAAAGUGACACAAGUAUUACUUGAAGAGUUACAACAGCAACAAUGAUUUUAGAAGUGUGAAAGAAAUGUGACAUGAUAAUUCAAACUUCAGAGUCUUUCAGCUCUCCCAUUGAAGUUGCACAUCAUAUAUAGUAGGUAUUCAAUAAAAUCUGGUUUACAGAUUCAUAAUAUUAUUCUAUAGAAUGUAAUAAAAUUUAUUGCGAAAAUUACUUAUCUGAAACUUUUAAUAAUUCUUUAACCUUGUUUUUUCAAUAAAAGUUUUAUAGAUUUUUUAAUUUGAGUAUUUUCGAAAAAUGAAUUUUUUUUAAUUGUGUGACCUUUCUAACUGGGUUUCGAUAUUUAUAUGAUAUAGGUACCUAUAGCAUGAAUUAAAAAUAUUUAGUUUUAAAACUUGAAAUUUGAAAUUUAAAAAUUGAAUAUCGUUUCGUAUGAUAAAUAAGUAUGAGUACGGUAACCAAAUACUUAAUAGUAAUUAGUUAUAUUUUUUGUUCUCGUCAUCUUAUAUUAUAAAUACAAUAAUCUAGUCAUUAAAAAAUUAUAGUAUACGCUUUAUAAUAAUGAAAAUUGAACACCUAUUGACCUACCGAUAUACUUGACAGUUGACGAUAAUAAUAACUUUAAUUUAUUAUUUUGUUACAUGUAUAUUAUUAUAUUUUAUUUAUUUAUUAUUAUUGUUUAUUAUUAUGAUACUUUACCUAUGGUCAAUAUGACUUUAUAUACUUACAUUAAAAUUGUAUUACUGUUAUUAUAAUUCAAUUAUAUACUCAAAUAUACAGUGAUUUAAUAAUACGUAUAAAAUAAAUGUAACGCUUUAUAACUAAACAUUCCGAUUUCAAAUUAAUGUUAUAAACUUACAACAAUAAAAUAUUUUAAAUUUCAACUUGUGUUGCUAUAGCUAAAAUUGUCAAAUCGUAUCGAUAUAACAUUGUUUGUAUGUUAGUGCAAUAAUUCAGAUAACUCUAAUACAUUUAAUUUACAAAUAAAACUUAUAAAACUAUAAAUAAAAUUAAAAAUAUUAAGUUAGAUGUAUUAUACACAAGAUUAAAGAUAGUAUAGAUAUAGAGUAACUCAAAUAUUGUAAAUAUAAAAUAUAAGUCCCAUCGGUAUAAUAUUUUUAUUCGUUGAAUCAUCUAAAUAAAUGUACAGCGUUCUCUUGUAAAACAAAAAACUUUUAUGAUUAAGAUUUGUAUACAAAUAUAUUCUAUACUUGUAUGUGUUGUAGAUUAUAAACCUACAGUUGUGGCUGUUUUAAGUAGUAUUAAAAAAUAUAGUAAAAAUGAGGAAGAUUAA